AUGCUUCACAUCUACUUCCUUAUGCUGGUGGGCUACCUAAUAUCCACCAUUCAAGGCUUUGAUGGCUCAUUGAUGGGCGCGAUCAAUGCAAUGGAGCCUUACCAUGAAAGCUUCGGGCUCACUGGCGCUGGUACUUCCACCGGGCUUGUCUUUAUCAUCUACAAUAUCGCCCAGAUCGCUGCUUUUCCGUUUUGUGGAGGCAUCAAUGACAAGUACGGUCGUAGAGUUUGUAUGUUUACUGGUUGUUUCAUCGUACUCGUGGGUACAGCUGUACAAGGAUCGGCGAACAGCCUUGGUGCGUUCAUCGGCGGAAGAUUUGUUCUUGGAUUCGGUGCCGUUAUCGCCCACGCUGCGGCACCGGCGUAUGUCGUUGAAAUGGCGCCACCGAAAUAUCGGGGUGUCACUGCUGGGCUAUACAAUAACUUUUGGUGGGUCGGGAACAUCCUUGCUGGAUGGACAACGUACGGUACUAACCGACAUUAUGCUACCUCCUGGGCCUGGAGAAUACCGACUAUCUUACAAGCUGGUUUGCCAGCGAUUUCUAUGAUAUUGGUUUUCUUUAUACCUGAGUCUCCUCGCUGGCUGAUCAGUAAAGAUAGAACUGAUGAGGCUCUUCAAGUGCUAGCCAAGUAUCACGGUGACGGGGAUGCGAAUGCACCUAUAGUCCAGUUGGAGUAUCGAGAAAUCAUGGACGAGAAACUUCAGAAUCCCAAAGUUUCCAGCUGGUGGGACUAUCGCGAUCUUGUAGCCACGAGAUCUUCCCGUUACAGACUUAUGUUGGUCUGCCUGACUGCUUUCUUUGGGCAGUGGAGUGGUAAUAACGUCGUGUCAUACUUUAUGCCCGCCAUGAUCGAAAAUGCCGGAAUAACGGACAAAAACACCCAACUGUUAAUCAAUGCUAUCAACCCCAUCCUUUGCUGGCUUGCUGCUAUGAUCGGUUCUUCAAUUCUGGACAAAUUCGGGCGCCGCAAAAUGAUGAUGGGUGGUUUGGCAGGGGCGCUUGCAUGCUACAUCGGCCUAACAGCAUGCACAGCUCAGACUCCGAACGAUAAAAAUCUCUCGUACGGUGUUAUUGUGUUUAUCUAUCUCUUCGGCAUUGCCUUCGCCAUGGGCAUGACACCUUCGGCCACCCUUUAUCCUAUGGAAGUCCUAGAGAAUCGAACCAGAGCGAAGGGCUCAGCACUCAAAUUUGUAUUCCUGAACAUCGCGACGAUGACUAAUACCUUUGGUGUCAGUGUUGGUAUCAAGAAACUGGGCUGGAAACUAUAUGUCAUAUACAUAUGCUGGAUUGCGAUUGAGAUUGUUCUCAUUUUCCUUUUGUUUGUUGAGACGAAAGGCAAGACGCUUGAAGAGCUUGGGGUCAUCUUUCAGGCCAAAAACCCGCGCAAGGCUAGUACACAACGAGUCAUCGAUGAUGACGACCAGGAGAAAGCUAAAAGUGUUGCUCACCACGACGCGAAUCAUACAGAGUAA